CAACAACUGCAAUAAUUUGAAAAAAAAAAAAGCAUGCAGGGAAGCAGCCCAGCUAAUUGGGUGUCAGUACAAGCUGCACCUUCCUACCAAUUGUGCACCUUGCACUCAGGAAUUUCGUCGCACGCCUUCUUUCGGCCCCGCCCCGCUUCCCUGAUUGGCUGGUGGUACUUAGGGGAGGGAAUUGGUUGCCGUGGGCCGGAGGGUAGAAGCCUGAUGGGUGGUGAGGUAGCGGAGGCGAAAAGCCAUAUUCUCCCGGUUUAUCUGCUGGAUAGGAGGGGCCGGCAGUACAGGUGAAACUGUGACUAAUGUGCGACUUACUGAAGGUAGGGAACUAAAAGUUAUGGACGUGGGUUUGGAGCACCAUGCGUGAGUCCUGAGGAUGGCCAAAGAGCUGAGCCAGGAAGAGGUGCUGGACUUUCUGUGCCAGAGAGGGGGCAAAGUGGUCAAUGCUUCCCUAUUGGUGCACUUCAAGCGCUUCUUGAGGGACCCACAGGCGACGGAUACGGCGCUGCAGAAGCGGAGGGACAAGUUCAAGCGUUACGUCAACUCAGUGGCUGUUGUCAGGCAGGAGGGCAGUGUCAAGUACGUGGUGCUCAGGAACAGGUAUCGGGACCUGCUGGGAGAGGAGAUUCAGCCGCCAGUACCAGCAGCAGAAGAUGUGGGGAUCGAGGUGGAAAGAGAUCAAGUUGUGCUUCCGACAGGGCACGGACAAGACUACCUGGCACCUCCACUAGGAGAGGAGCGGCUGCAACAAACGAAUACAUGGCGAAGGGGUGACGUGAUCCUUGACUAUAGUGAAGCGGUUCCUUCAGGAAUCUCUCGCUCUCACUCCUGGGACGUGGGUGAAUCUAUCGGCGAGAAGACGCGGGUCAGUCCUUCACAAUGGAAUACAAAACGCUCUUACCCCGAGGAUCCGCCAAUAGCAGACAGUCGCCCAGUCUCGCCUCUCUGCACUCGUACCCGGCAGUCCAGCUUCACCUCCAGAUCCCCGGUGCUCACCUUCCGACCACCCACCCACUCCUUGUCCUCUAACAACCUCUCCUCGUCCUUCUCCUCGCCAGAAAGCCCUGGUCCGUUUGCCAAGACCUAUAAUUCCAGCCUUUCCCUGACUGGGACUAGGAGUAGUCUAAACAGCAAGGGGCAGCCACCUGGGAGACAGGGCUUCUGUGAAGCUGCAAAUGCUGCUUGUGUGAGUGUAACCUGCACAGAUUUAAAAGUACAAAGGGAAGGGUGCCCUCCUUGCACUGAACUCCUAGCACCCCAACCCAUCCACAAUUGGGAAUUCCCACAACCAGAGCAGCGCCGAGUCCUCAGUGCCCAAGCACACAAUAGUGAUUUGCACAGGGAACACAUGACAAAUGGCUUUUAUUUGCCAGAUUCUCCUUCUUCCAGGUACCCACAUCCCACACAACCUCGCACCUCCCUUCAGCUCUUGCAUGAGGCUGAUAUAACUCCAGAUGAUCAGGCAGCAGUUUCCUACCCCUCCCCUCCUCUUUCUGGGAAUGAUAUGUAUGGUAUGUGUAUGUGCCAGAUCCCUGUGUUUAGAAGUAUUAGGUGCCAGCUUUCCCUACAGGAUCUGGACGACUUUGUUGACCAGGAGACCUGUGGAAGUGAAGAGAGUGACAGUGGUGAGGGUGGUGAUUGUGACACAGAACCCAGGGAAGAUGAUGAUUUCUCUAGUGACUCACAUAAGGAAAGGCCUAUGCUUUGUGCUGAAAAAGAAUCUGAGCAUUUAUUUAAUUGUCACUUAAACAUGGAUUUUAAUGGCAAAAAUGAUCUGUAUAAUAGCCUGCAAGAGGAGGAUAGCACAGGUAUGAAAGACACUCUUGUUGAGCAUGGAAAUGUGGCAUGUUUGAGCAUUGACACUAACAAAUCUAUAUAUACUGCAAAAUCUUUCCUUACAGAUCAGGCACCUGUUUUAUUUGAAUUAGCAAGAAAUGUACCACCAAACAAAACAAGCUCAUGUUUUCUGGAGGCUUUUUCAUCAUCUGAUGAGGAAUUGCUUGACAGGGAUUACAGAAAGAGAAGGCGGUCUUCCCAUUACAAGAAAUCAGGCAAUGUUUCUGUAUCAUGUGUCCAGCCUGAUACAGACAGACUUCUUACAGCCAAGUUUGUAAACUCUAGCAGCUUCCUUAUAAAUAAUAACCUCUGGGAACCGAAUUCACAAGCACAGUGUAUACCGAAAGCCAACAGUAAUUUUGACCUUAAAAAAUCUGCAAGUCAGAAAUCUUCUGUGGUACCCUUGGAUCCGAAAGAACAUGAAUGGAUUGUUAAAACAGCCACUGGGCUAUGGAUUCAAGUUUAUGGCAUGUUCAGCAUAGAUCCUCACUUAGCUUUGCACAAAGAUUUUAUCACUGGCUACACUGCUUUGCACUGGUUUGCAAAGCACGGGUGUAUUGAUUUAUUUAACAAGGUUGUUUUUGGUGCCAAAAAGGCUGGAAUAGAACUGGAUGUGAAUGUGAAAUCCAGUAAUGGAUACACCCCUUUACACAUUGCUGCUAUUCAUGGGCAUCAUAAAGUUGCUGUUAUGCUGGUUGAAAAACUUAAAGUGAAUGUGAAAGCGAGGGAUAACAGUGGAAAGAAGGCUUGGCAGUACCUGAAUACUGCAACCUCUGGAGAAGUGUGGCAGCUUCUUGGCGCACCGAAAGGGAAAACGAUAUUUGCAUCUCGUGCCUUACACGCUGCUCAGAAUUUAAGUAUACGUAAUAAAACAUCUAGCCAGCUUACCAGAAAAUCUUCUCUGGCUGCAUUCCGUAAGACCCAGCAUCAGAGAUGGAAAGAAAACAAUCAGUCUUUCUUGAGGGAAAGGGAGAUCUAUAGUGACUGAAAGGUGGCAAACACCCAUCUUAUAUAGACAUGGGAUCAGUGCCCUCAUUUUAACAUAUGCAGAUACAUAUUUAUUUACAAGGCCAUGCACUGAUAUGCACAGAUACAUCAUUUGUUCAUUUUUAAUGUAAAAAGCAGACUUGUUUUAUUGUGUGUAAGAGUGCAAAUUCUGCACUUGCCAUUUUCCUUCUCUUGUGAAGCAUAUAGCGGGUAUUUCUACAAUUUUUAGCUUACCUUUAAUUUGCCGUGGGUGAUGGGAGUUGUUAUCUACUGCUCAUAAGCUGAGCAGUAGAUAACUAGGUACCUUUUUUUCCCUUAAGAUAUUUGGUGAAGUAACUACAGUCAUGUUUUUUUUAAACUAAAUGCAAUGUAAUCAUCCAACUGAAUUGUCAUAGGCAGAUAUUACUUGCUGCAUUAGCAUCACAUGACUGUUAUUAAGCUAUCACCCAGUUAUUUCUGUAUAUAAAAAUCAUGCACUGCAACCAUAGAUAUAUGCUGCAUAAGUACAGGUUUUAUUGUAUGUUACAAGUAUGGGAUGACUUAUCUGGAAACUGAAAUAACUAAUUUUUAAAAAUGAUUGUUUUUUGUAAUAAAUAGUACUUUGUA